AUGAAUCUUACUCGAAUCGUGAAUGCAAGGGCAAGAAAGACCGCUUUCAAGAGGAGGAUGCAACGGUUGAAGAAAGAAGCUAAAGUGCUAACUACCUCGGGUGGUUUAGAUGUUUGCAUGACCUUUUUCAACCGCAAUGAUAAUAAGUUGGUGGUGUGGCCAUCUGAGGAGGUGGUUGAAUCUCUCAUUGACCGUUUUUCCUCAUUACCAAUCUUCGAGAGGAACAACAUGGCAGAAACUCAAGAGUCAUUCAAUAUCAAUACCAAUAUCCAAGAAAUUCAAAAGAAACUAGUCGAUUGUCGGAAAAGAGUUGCUGAGUUGAAGAUGAAUCAUCUCAUCUCCCAACUCGAAAACGGGCGCGGUCUUGAUGAUCUCUCCCAAACCGAGAUUGAGAGUUUAAGAUCAUACACAGAUAAGAAGAUUACGGGUUUGAAUAAAAAGUUGGGUUAUCAGGAACAUGCUUAUACAAGUGUCAACAAGCCAUUUCUGAAGGAUGAGACCCCGAAGGUGUUGGAUGGACCAUCUGCGCGUCAGGGACAUUGUUCUAGCAUGAUGGGAAGUGAAAGUAUGUAUUUACUGGAUAAAUGGUUUUUGGAUGAUCCAAAGAUCCAAGAACAUGGCGAUGGGACUCACGUAAUCACAAAGACUCAUGGAUUCGACCUAAACUUGGAACCAUCUGAUGACGAAGAGGACAUGUCCACUGUAACAGGAUAA